GCCGGGAAGGCGCCGCGGCUCCCAAGCUGCCCCGCGCGGGCAGGCGGGCGGCCGCGGGGGAAGAUGGCGGCGGGUGUGGAGCGCCCCUGAGGUACCGGCUGCGGCGGGGAUGGAGCCUCCCUCGGCGCCGGGCCCCGAGCGGCUCUUCGACUCGCACCGGUUUCCGAGCGAUGGGUUCCUGCUCCUGGCCCUGCUGCUCUACGCGCCCGUGGGGCUCUGCCUGCUCGUCCUACGUCUUUUCAUCGGCGUGCACGUCUUCCUGGUCAGCUGCGCCCUGCCCGACAGCGUCCUGCGGCGGUUCAUCGUGCGGGUGAUGUGCUCGGUGCUGGGACUGUGCGUGCAGCAGAGCGACCCCCGGCUGCGUGACGCCGGCGUCAGGGUCUACAUCGCCAACCACGUCACGCAGUUCGACCACAACGUCAUCAACCUCCUCACCUCCUGCAACACGCCUGCCCUGAACAGUGCCCCUGGUUUCAUCUGCUGGUCACGAGGGUUCAUGGAGCUAGGAGUGAGCGGGAGCCGAGCAGAGCUGGUGGAUUCCUUGAAGGCAUAUUCAUCCCACAGAGGGAACCCCCCGCUGCUGCUGUUCCCAGAGGAGGCAGCCACCAACGGGCGGGCUGGGCUGCUCCACUUCAGCUCCUGGCCGUUCUCAGUGUCGGACGUAGUGCAGCCUGUCGCCCUGCAGGUGCUGAGGCCUUUGGUCACUGUGAGUGUGGCUGACUCCUCCUGGAUUGCAGAGCUGCUCUGGACCUUCUUUGUCCCCUUCACAGUAUAUCAAGUAAGGUGGCUGCCGUCCGUCCCCCGGCGCGUGGAGGAGCCGAGCGAGGACUUUGCACUGCGGGUACAGGAGCUCUUGGCCAUGGAGCUGGGUGUGGUAUCCACACGGCUCACUGCAGCAGACAGAACCGAGCACAUGAAGAGGCUGAGACACACAUCGCUGUUCCCCUUUGCCCCAGCCUCGAGCCAGGCGCUGGCAGCGCGGCGCCGGGUGCCGUCCGGCCUGGCUGGAGCUCCUGAGGAUGGGCGCAUCGCGGCGAUGGCGCAGCAGGUCAAGGAGGUGCUGCCUCACGUGCCUCUGGAGGUCAUCAGGAUAGACCUGGCCCAAACCAACUGUGUGGACACCACCAUUGCCAACUUGCUGGAGGGGAGAAUAUCCUUCUUCCCUGACAGUAAGGAGGCUGGUACUGACCUGCCCGCCCCAGCUACCUCCCAGGCUCCAGCUGCUUCUGGCAUCCAGGGCUCCGCAGCUGAGCCUUCUUCCAAGGCAGCUGCAAAGCAGUUUGCCAAGUCCCCUGUGGAGCGGCACCUGUCCCUGCAGGAGCGAAAGCGAGCGCUUUACGACUACGCCAGGAGGCGGUUCGCGGAGCGGAGCGGCGCGGCGCGGCUCGGCGGGCCCUGACCGGCCCUGCGCGGCUCGGCGCGCCCCCUGGCGGCGGCGGCAAUAAACGGCGGCAGCGUC